AUGCCACUAAAACAAAAUCAUCUGACAUUGCAUAUUUUAACUAUCAUAAUACUUUAUCUUUUACAAGGAUUCGUUCAAGGUUUUACAGCAUCGAUUCAAUUAUAUUUGGCUUUUUAUAAAGCAUCAUGGCAAGAACAAGGUAUAUUUAGUUGGACUUUUUAUCCAUUCAGUUUAAAAAUUCUCUGGGCACCUAUAUUGGAUUCAAUUUACCAUUAUCGGUUUGGUCGUUAUCUAACAUGGCUAAUACCUAUUCAAAUAACAAUUGGUAUUAUCUUCAUAAUUCUUUCAUUCUAUUUGGAAUCUUUAUUAAUCAAUCGACAAAUUGUGACAUUGACAAUUAUUUUUUUCUUUAUAUAUUUUCUAAUAGCAAGCCAAGAUGUUGUUGUUGAUGGAUUAUCUGUUUUAUUAUUUGCUAAUUUAAAUCCUCAAUGGGCAUCAACUUGUCAAACAAUUGGACAAGUUAUUGGAUAUUUUCUUAGUUCUACAGUGCUUAUAAUAUUUGAAUCAUCAAAUUUUACGAAUGAAUAUAUUCGAAAACCUCUUUCUUUACCUGAACGUUCAUCUGGAUUAUUUUCUCUUCAAGAAUUUACUUUUUUUGGAGGUGCACAAUUUAUCAUUGUAAAUAUUAUUAUUUUAGUCAUCUUCUUUCCGAAGAAAUCAUUAAAUAAAACAACGAAUGUUAAUAUACAAAAAAUAAUUUAUAAAAAAUUAGAUUUGUCUGAAACAUAUUCAUCGAUAUUAAAGUUAUUUCGAAAGAAAUGUAUGUGCGAAUAUGCCGUAAUCUUAUUAACUUUCGAUAUUGGCUUUGCAGCAACGAAUUAUAUGACUAUUUUAUCCUUAUUAGAAUAUGGCAUAACACGUGAUACUAUUGCUCUUCUAAAUAUUCCUCCAGUUGCAAUACAUAUUGUAGUACCGUUGUUUAUGAGUCAAAUACAACGUCAUUUACAAUGGUUUGGUUAUGGUUAUAUUUUCCGUUUAAUAAGUGCUGUUGUUUUGGCUAUUUACAUAUACUUCAUACCAGAUAUCGUUCAGAGAUCAUAUUUUUAUCCUGUUCUAAUUAUUUUAUUCUGCAUGAAUCAAGCAGCUGUGUAUAUAAUGGUAGUCUCACGUGUUGGCUUUUCUGCACGUAUUAGUGAACCACAAAUAGCCGGAACAUAUAUGACAUUAUUAGCAACCAUAUCUAAUUUAGGACAAAGUUUUAUGUCAACGUUAGUAUUGUAUAUUGCAAGUUGGUUACCGGCAUCUCAUGUAUAUUCUAUUGAAGUAGCAGGAUGUGUUCUCCUAGUUGGUAAUACUGCAAUAAAAAUUCAAGGUGCAUUUCGCAAUCAUCAUGCUCGAUCAAGAUUAAAAAAUGAAGCACUUAGAGAUAUGUUUGAAAAAUUACUGAAAGCAUCCGAUACACUUUCACUAUCUGUUAUAAAAUUACUUCAAAAACCUGGAUUACCUCUUGAAGAAAAAGAACUUCUAAAAUUAACAAAUCAAGAUGAUAUUCAAGUUGAAGCUAAUUAUCGAGAAUCAUGUAAACGAAUAUUUUGUUUACAAUUAAUAGAAUGA